ACUCUCGAUUCGAUUCGGCGGAGACUCCAACUCCUUUGUUGUUGUACUUGUCGACACCAAAAACAGAUUCUCCGGUGGUUUAACGGAAGUGCGAACCACGUUCGUGUUUCUUUUUUUUUGAGUGUCAGUCUCACAAUUUUCCUGAAAGAAACUAUUGGGUAAAGGAAGGAAGAGCUAGGAGGAAGAUGAAGGCGUUAGGGUAUUGGUUAAUGGUGGUUGGUUCACUGAGACUAGCUUCCGUUUGGUUUGGUUUCUUCAACAUCUGGGCUCUUCGUCUCGCUGUCUUCUCUCAGACCACCAUGAGUGAAGUUCAUGGACGUACAUUCGGAGUAUGGACACUCUUGACCUGCACUCUCUGCUUUCUUUGUGCAUUCAACCCUGAAAACAAACCAUUAUACUUGGCUACCUUUCUAUCAUUUAUCUAUGCCUUAUGCCAUUUUCUGACCGAAUACCUCUUUUACCACACGAUGACCAUCGCAAAUCUCUCAACUGUGGCCUUCUUUGCAGGCACAUCGAUUGUGUGGAUGCUCGUGGAGUGGAAUUCCCUUGAACAACCACACACCAAACUUUCAUGAUGUUAGUCUGAAUGCCUGUAACCAAGUCUUUUUUUCUUUUUUUUCUCAAAGUUGGAAUCAUCAGUGACUUUUUUGCUCGAUUCCUAAAGCUGUUGCUCAUUGUUUCAUCUUAAUCUUUUGAAAAUAUUUGAUGGAGUCUUGAACCUGAUAUCUCUGGUCGAAUUGAAGUAUAAGAAUACAACUCAUGAAUUUUCUUUCU